UUCAAUUUCUUUCUUCUUUGAAACGACAAACUACAGCUACUUGUACUUCUUCUUUGAAACCGCAAAUUACAGCUACUUUUAAUUGUAUUUCUUCUUUGAAACCACAAUUUACAUUUACUUUUCUUUCAAACAACAAUUUACAGCUACUUUUACUGCCCCUUCUCAUGGCAGAAACAGCUGUUAUGUUUGUACUCGAUAAGCUUACACCAUUCUUCGCAAAUGAGGUGCAACUGAUAAGUGGUGGUCGUGAAGAAGUUGUUUACGUGAGAGCCGAACUGGAGCGCAUGAAGGUUUUCUUGAGAAUUUUUGACCGUUUAGAUGAAACUGACGAAGAAGUUAAAGUAUGGGUGAAACAAAUCAGAGAUGUAGCUCACGAUAUCGAAGAUGUUCUAGAUGAGUUCUCUCUUCUUCUUGCUCACAAUCACGGUGAUGGUUUUUACGGUUUUCUGCACAAGCUUUCGUGUUGUAUUAAGAACAUGAAGGCUCGUUAUCGGAUAGGGUAUGAAAUCCAGGGAAUCAACUCGAGAAUCAGAAGUAUUUACGAGGGACACAUCAGACUCCGUCAGAAAUUCCGAGCAGCUGAACAGGCUGGUUCGAGCUCGACGAAUACAUGGAAUGACCGUCGCGGGGACGCCCUUCUUUUGGACGAGACUGACUUGGUUGGCAUUGAUGGGCCUAAAGAGAAGGUGGCUCAGUUGCUAGUGGGGGGUGGCUUAGGCCGCCAAGUGGUUUCACUGGCGGGGAUGGGAGGGUUGGGCAAGACAACUCUGGCAAAACAAGUCUAUGACGAUAGACAAGUGAAAAAACACUUCACUAUCCAUGCUUGGAUCACUGUUUCAAGAAACUUCCAGACGGAGGAGCUUCUUAGAGAUAUGCUUCAGCAGCUUUUUCGAGCGAUUAGGAAAUCGGUUCCGAAGGCUGUGGAGACGAUGAGCAGUGAUGGGUUGAAGAAAAUAAUAAAGGAUUUCCUUCAGGAAAGGAGGUAUUUGAUUGUUCUUGACGAUGUGUGGCAUAUAAAUGACUGGGAUGGAGUGAAAUAUGCUUUGCCUACCAACAAUUGUGGCAGCCGAGUGAUGCUCACUACGCGUAAGGCUGAUUUAGCCUUCACUUCUCGGAUAGAAUCCGAAGGUCAGGUCUAUAAUAUGCAGCCACUGCCUCCUGAAGAGUCCUGGAUUCUUUUUUGCACCAAAACGUUUCAUGGAAACGCUUGUCCUCCACACCUGGAAGAAAUUUGUAGGUGUAUUUUGAAGAAAUGUGAAGGACUUCCUCUUGCGAUAGUGGCGAUUGGUGGGGUUUUGGCUGCGAAAGACAGGCGGAGGAUUGAUGAAUGGGAAAUAGUUCGUCGGAGUCUUGGUGCUGAGAUUGAAGGCAAUGACAAACUCAAGAAUUUGAAGAAAGUGCUUUCACUUAGCUUCAAUGAUUUGCCAUGCCAUUUGAAAGCAUGUUUUCUGUACUUGAGUAUCUUUCCGGAGGAUCAUUUAAUCGAACCCAUGAGACUGGUUCGGUUGUGGACGGCAGAAGGAUUCGUUGAAGCGAAAGAAGGAAAGACACUGGAAGAAGUUGCGGGGGAGUACUUCAGCGACCUCUUGAACAGAAGCCUGAUGCAAGUGGCUGGAACAAGAAGUGAUGGAAGAGUAAUGGCUUGUAGAAUCCACGACCUUCUGAGGGAAAUCAUUAUAUCAAAGUCCAGAGAGCACAACAUUGCAGCCAUAGCUAAAGAACACAUCAAUCAGAACGCAAUAUGGCCAGACAGAAUUCGACGGUUAGCAGUACACAAUACACUGCAAAAUAUUCAGCCAAACACGUGUGUUAGCCCUUGCCAAUUGCGGUCUCUAUUCAUGUUUGGGAUCGUGGAAAAGCCAUGCUUGCAUUCACUUUUUCCAAGUGGGUUUAAGCUCCUUGGCGCCCUGGAUAUGCGAGGCACACCAAUCACAAAAUUUCCCAUUGAAGUUGUUGGCUUGUAUUAUUUGAAGUACCUAAGCUUGAGAAACACCAAGGUGAAAACGAUUCCAAGAUUCAUUGGGAAGCUUCAGAACCUGGAGACAUUAGAUCUUAAACAUGCCUAUGUCACUGAAUUGCCUGCUGAGAUACUCAACCUCAAAAAGCUUCGCCAUCUGAUGGUUUACCGAUAUGAAUACGAGUCUUAUACUCAUUCUAAAUAUGGAUUUAAAAGUUUAGAGAAGAUUGGUUUUCUUCAAUCUUUACAGAAGCUGUGUUUUAUUGAGGCAAACCAUGUUGAGACACUGCAAGAGCUUGGCAAGUUAACUCAACUUAGAAGACUCGGCGUUCUAAAGUUGAGAAAACAAGAUGGGAAAACGCUGUGUUCGUCUAUCGAACAUCUGACGAACCUUCGCGCAUUGUCAAUAAUUUCGACACAAGAGAACGAGAGUCUUGAUCUUCAGCACCUUUACCAUCCACCUCAGUUCCUUCAAAGAAUCUACUUGAGAGGACGGCUGGAGAGUUUACCUCAUUGGAUAGCUUACGCUCAUAGCCUGGUGAAAGUCUAUCUAAAAUGGAGCAGAUUGAAGGAAGAUCCGCUGGUGUUUCUGCAAAAUCUUCCAAAUCUUGUUCACCUCGAACUGCUUCAAGUAUACGAUGGAGACACGCUCUGCUUCAUGGCUGGUGGGUUCAAGAAGCUGAAGCAACUGGGUUUGGACAAGUUUGAUGAGCUGAGAUUUGUUGAAAUACAGGAGGGGGCAAUGCCGUGCAUUGAAAAGCUUAGCAUUCAGCGGUGUAAGUCACUACAGAUGGUGCCGCUGGGAAUUGAGCAUCUGAGUGAGUUGAAACUGCUAGAGUUUUUUGACAUGCCGCAUAAAUUGCUGAAGACGAUUUGCCCAGAUGAAGAAGGUGAAGAUUAUUGGAGAGUUGCACACAUUCCUGAAGUGUAUACAACUUACUGGAGAGACGGGGGUUGGGAAGUUUGUUCACUGGAGAGUUUCAGUGAAGGGGAAAGUGCUCCUAUGCUUAACACUGUCAUCAGAAACCGGGAACUUCAGACUCGUUGGAAGUAG